UCCUUGUAGGAUCCAGAAGUUUUUGCAGUCCUCUGUAGGGAGAGCAAAGGUGACGACAACGCCAGGACGACACCACACUGUUGUCAACGCGCCGGCUCUAAUCGAUGACCACGGCUUCACCAAAUCACUUCAGAUAAAGAGACUGCAGAGGAGCACUUCUACUUGCCAAUGUUUCGUGGGCAGGAUCAUUGCGUUUUGCCGACACUACAGCAAAGCCAAACGCCAACUCUUUAAUGGGACCCCGGAUGCCAUUUCUAUCCAUUCUUGCCAGAAUCUUACGAUAUACAGCCAUGCCACAAUGGUUAUAAUUCAGCUCCUGUUGUUGCUGAGUUUCUUGGACCAAAGCAAGCAGGAUUAUCUGUCUCCGAGGCUUGCUAGGACUUCAGGGGCGCCUUGUGCCAGGGGCCAGGCGUGUGACCCAAGGCAGCGGAGAGAUGCUGGGGGACGCGGUGGAGUCUACGAGCACCUCGGAGGAGCACCAAGAUGCAGAAAACUUUACUGUGCAACUAAAUAUCAUUUGCAAAUACACCCAAGCGGGAAAAUAGACGGUUCUCUUGAGGAAAACAACCAAUUUAGCAUCAUGGAGAUCACAGCAGUGGAUGUUGGAGUGGUAGCGAUAAAGGGGAUAUUUUCCGGGAGKUAUCUGGCCAUGAAUGAUAAAGGACGUCUAUACGCCUCGGAUGUGUUCAACCAGGAGUGUGAGUUCCUGGAGCGGAUUCAUGAGCUGGGCUACAACACAUAUGCUUCACGACACCACUCCACCCUGCAGCCCCCUGCAGUGGGUGGCAGUGGCAAACGACGAGCCAGUGCCAAGAGGCAGUGGUAUGUGUCCAUCAAUGGGAAAGGCCGGCCAAGGAGGGGCUUUAAGACACGUAGCACUGACAAAGCCUCCCUUUUCCUGCCUCGGGUGCUAGGCAAUAAGGACCAUGAGAUGGUGCGAAAGCUCCGUGACAGCCAGAGGCCUCCAGCUGGACAGCAGAGUCCCACUAUGGGCCGGGCUGAGCACCGGAGACGGAGACACCGGACCCGGGGCAGAAAGGGCAGAACCAAGAGGCCUGGUGACUGACUGACACUCGCCACUGCCUGAGAGCAGUAGGCCCUAUUUCCCCGCUA